AUGGCCGGGGAGGGGGCAGGACGGGCGAUCGGGAUCGAUUUAGGCACGACAUACUCAUGCGUGGCAGCAUGGCAGCACAACCGCAUCGAGAUCAUAGCCAACGAUCAGGGCAAUCGCACCACACCCUCUUGUGUUGCUUUCACCGACAACGAGCGUCUCAUCGGAGAAGCUGCCAAGAAUCAAGUCGCCAGUGCUCCAACUAACACCGUCUUUGAUGCAAAGAGGCUGAUUGGACAUGAAUUCAACGAUCCAACGGUUCAGAGUGACAUGAAACAAUGGCCAUUUAAGGUCAUUCCUCACCCCACGGACAACAACAAGCCUAUGAUAGUAGUGAACUACAAAGGAGAGGAGAAACAGUUCUCAGCUGAGGAGAUCUCUUCAAUGGUGCUCUCCAAAAUGAAGGAUAUUGCCGAGGCUUAUCUUGGAUCAUCUGUGAAGAAUGCUGUCGUGACGGUGCCUGCUUAUUUCAAUGACGCUCAGCGUCAGGCAACAAAGUCUGCUGGAACCAUUGCCGGCCUCAACGUUGUAAGGAUCAUCAACGAGCCUUCUGCUGCAGCCAUCGCAUACGGUCUAGAUAAAGGGGGUAAUGUGGCUCAGAAUGUGCUGAUAUUUGACCUUGGUGGUGGCACGUUCGAUGUGUCUGUGGCCACAGUUGAGGCGGGUGUCAUUGAUGUGAAGGCUAUUGCCGGUGAUACUCAUCUUGGAGGGCAAGACUUUGACAGUAGGAUGGUGAAUCAUUUCGUGAAAGAAUUUGAAAGGAAGAACGGUAAGGAUAUUAGUAUGAAUCCAAAAGCUAUUAGGAGAUUGAGGAGUGCUUGUGAAAGGGCCAAGAGGAUGCUUUCCUCCACUUCCCAAACUAAUAUUGAGGUUGAAUCUUUGUUUGAGGGGAUUGAUCUGUUUUCGACUGUCACUCGUGCUAAAUUUAAUGAGCUCAACAUGGAUUUGUUCAACAAGUGUAUAGAAAUGGUUGAGAAAUGCCUGAGUGAUGCAAAGAUGAAUUGGAGGAGUGUGGAUGAGGUGGUGCUGGUGGGUGGGUCAAGUAGGAUUCCAAAGGUGCAGGAGAUGUUGAGGGAGUUUUUCAAUGGGAAGGAGGCGUGCAGGAGCAUUAAUCCAGAUGAAGCCGUAGCAUAUGGUGCUGCAGUGCUGGCUGCCAAGUUGAAUGGUGAAGGCAAUGAGAAAGUGCAGAAUGUGGUUCUUUCGGAUGUUACCCCUUUGUCUCUUGGUAUUGAAUGCAAUGGAGAUGUGAUGAAGGUAAUUAUCCCAAGGAAUACACCAAUCCCAACAAGGAAAGAGAGGAAAGAUUUCCACACGACAUAUGACAAUCAGACCAGUGUGAGGUUUACAGUGUAUGAGGGAGAAAGAAGCAAGGCAACAGACAACAAUCUGCUAGGUGAAUUCAAACUCAAAGGCAUACCAGCAGCGCCCAGAGGUGAUGCUAAAUUCAAAGUGUGCUUCGACAUUGAUGAGAACGGUAUCUUGAAUGUGUCAGUGGAGCACGUGGGGACUGGAGUGAAGAACAAAAUCAGCAUAACCAACUACAAGGGCAGGCUAUCUGAGAAAGAAAUAGAGAAGAUGGUGAAAGAUGCAGAGAAGUACAAGAGGGAGGACGAAGAGUACAGGAAGAAAUCUGAUGCAAGGAAUGCUUUGGAGAACUACGCCUACGACAUGAGGAACACCACAAGAUGUGCAGCCGGGAUUGGAGCAGCAGACAAGAAGAAGAUAGAGAAGGCGUUCGAGUCUACUGUGAAAUGGUUGGAGUCGAACAAACUUGCAAAGGUUGAUGCUUACAAAGAGAAGUUGGAGGAGCUUAAGCUGAUUUACAAUCCCAUCGUUGCCAAGAUGCACCACAGUCCCAGCCCAAGUAUUGAAAGGCAGAGAAGUAGUAUCAAGAAUUGGAUUAAGAGUGUAAUGCCAUGAUCUUGUCAUCGCGUGCAUUGUCUCUUUAAUUUCCUUUUAUU